CGCCAGUAAUGGCUCAGGUGGACAGGAAGCACAGCCAGAAGUGGUGGUCAUGUCUGAUAUUCACAUUUUCGAUGUACCAUCUCGGACGUGGACCCGUGUUCCUGCCACAGACUCGCCUCAGGGACGUUAUGCACACUGCGCGACCAUUUUGCCUUCAAGCGCCCAUUUCACCUCCGCCACUGCUCCACUUUCGGCAAUUCACCACAACCCCGCGUCGUCAAAUCCGCACCAGGGAUCGAUCGGGGUGGAUAUCGACGGAUUUGGAGGUGCGGAAAUGGUGGUUGUAGGAGGGCAAGAUAGCUCCAACCACUAUAUCGAACAGAUUAGCGUGUUUAACCUACGUAGCCUGAAGUGGACCAGUACCACUCACCUGGGGCGAAGCUGCGGUGCCUAUCGGAGUGUGGUUGCUCCCUUGGUAGGCAUGAAUGUUUCCGACAUCGGGUCUGCCGCAGACGAUGGUGAGGCGCAGGAGCCAUUAGAAGAUUCGCAGGUCGAGGGCUGUCCCAUGUUGGUCUAUUCUAACUACAACUUCUUGGAUGUGAAGCUGGAGCUUCAGGUGCGCCUCCCCGAUGGUCGCCUGAUCGAGAAGCCCAUGCAGAGCCAGGCGUCGCCUCCUGGCUUGAGGUUCCCCAACGGAGGGGUCAUCAACGGCCAUUUCGUCGUGAGCGGAACCUACCUGACUUCGUCGAAGCAAGAAUACGCGCUCUGGGCCCUCGACCUGAGAACCCUCACCUGGGGUCGCAUUGAUGCCGGCGGCUCUGUGUUCGGACAUGGCAGCUGGAACCGUGGAAUUCUGUGGCCGAGAAGGAACACCUUUGUUAUUCUGGGUCACCGGAAGCGCAGCUUGGUCGAGGACUACAACCAUCGUCGCAUCAACUUCUCCCACGUGUGCAUGGUCGAGCUGGAAGCGUUUGGGCUCUACAACAAUGCGUGCCGGACCACGCCCACAUCGGGGUACAUCUCAUACAGCGCCCCGGCAGUCCCUGCAUCAAUGCAGCACAAAUUAACCAAAUUAACCUCGGGCGGACGGCCGUUUACCUCCGCGUCCGACGAACUAGGCAGACUCGCCCAGUCGCUGCCUGAAAUGGCCGAUAUGGAACUACAGGCGGUUGGAGGCGAGCGCAUCCCUGUGAACUCACGCAUCCUGACUCGCAGAUGGGGCCCUUACUUUAUCCAGCUUCUGCGCGAGUCCUGUGAUAGCGGGAUCGCCGAGACUGCAACAUUACGUCCAGCGGUUGCCAUGUAUCCCAGUCGCAAUUCGAGCAUCACAAUCACCCCGUCACUGGGGCAAAACAGCAAUUAUUCCAAUUCCAGCACCCUUGUCAGCAACCGCUCAGUCACCUCAAAGUCCUUGUUAGCGAACCUUGAGAUACCCUCUGCGCAUAGCCUUUCCCCUACCUCUCGUCCUCGUGUGCUUUACCUCCCCCAUACCGUCCUCACUCUUCAAGUCCUCGUCUACUAUUUCUACACCUCGUCUCUCCCCCCCGCCGGCUCACCCCUCUGUACUCCGCAAAUCCUCUGCUCCCUCCUCCAACUCGCCCGCCCCUACCAGGUCGACGGCCUCCUCGAAGCCACCGUCGAGCGCCUCCACCAAGUUCUCGACGGAAGAAACGCCGCUGCCGUCUUCAACGCCGCUGCAAUGGCCGCCGGCGGUGGCCGAGGCACCGGCUUUACAAGUGGCCCCGGCGGCACCCUGGAAGCGCUGAACGGUGCCCACGCCGGCAACGAAUCCUCCUCCGGUACCGGAACCACCACCUCACAGAGCCACCUCACCUCCGAUUCCUCCGACACCGAACACGGCACCUCCGCCCUCUCCGUGGCCAGCAGCGCCAGCGGCGUGAUGGGCUCACGCGGCAUCCCCCUUCGCAUUAACACCAACAUCUUCAGCCGCCGGCACCGCAGCAACGCCGGCGUAGACCGCGACCGCGAAGACUCUAUGAGCAAUGCCAGUAUUUCCACCUCCGCCUCCACCAACACCAGCUUCGACCACUCCGACUCCGAAAUGGGCGGCGACCCCACCCGUCCGUCCCACCACCGCCGCAACACGGACGCAGAACUCCGUCCCGAACGCGAGAUCUGGACUGGCGACCUCAGCAGCGUCAUCGGUCUUCAGAAGCGCGGUCUCCGCGGUCUCAUGGAAGGUCGUCGCCUCCGGGAACGCAAUACCAAACCUGCUGGCGCAGCGGAUCAUGUUGCAACUGCUGCUGCUGCUCCACCGCCUGGUGCGUAGAUAUCUCAAAGCCACAUACAUACAUUCAUGUACAGUUUCAGUCGCGGGUAGGGGAAGGAACAGGAAGGAGAAAGAGGGGAAGAGGGAAAGGGAGAAUAAUGAUGAACGAUGAACGAUGAUGUGUUAUAUUGCAUUGAUCAUUGGGAUCCUCUGUCAUUUCUAUUCAUCUUGUCUAUCUAUCUAGUCACACUUACUACAACCACAUACUACCAUUUUUACUGCAGGAAG